AUGUGUAAUCAAAUCUUUGAAAAAUUUUCAGGUUUAAAUAGAUUUCUUAUUGAUAGAAUUGUUAUAUUAUUAUCAUCAUGGAAUUCAAUAGCUAUACCAAGCCAACUUAAUAGAACAUCAGUACAACGUCUUUUAGAAUAUUUAUUUCUUAAUUCUACACAUAAAAAUUCUCUUGUUAUGAAAUCAAAUUUAGAUUUAAUUAAAAAAUGA